UGACCAUGCCAUGGCCACGCUGAAGCUCCUUCCAGCAUUACGUUCUGUACUCUCCACAACCCAAGGCCCCGUAAGCCCCCGGCGUCAGCAACCUCAGAUUGCGGUCGCUAACUUCAACUCUCACAUGGAGUCUCUGCAUCAUAGACUCAAUACUGAACUUAGCAGACUGCAAGGUUUGUCUAGUCACUGUAGCAGGCAGUUCUGUAGAGAUUGCUUGAAGAUCAGCGACGAGUUCUGGCCUAAGGCUAUGCCGAUGGGAAAGGUCUGGCGGAAGAAGACUACCGAUGAAUUACCGAGCAUCCACAAUACCUACGCUGCCAGCAUCGUAGACAAUCUCCUAGUGCCGAUCGCUGAGGGUGUGACCAAGCUGAAGACGACAGCUCAGAUCACCAUCAUGUCCAUCGCUGUUCAGACCAUGCUGGAGAGCUGGAUGACAUUCAUCCUGAAAGAAAAACCAAAGUUCAGUGUGCAUGGGGCUCAUCAGCUAGAGCAAGACUUCAGCUACGUCCGUCAGUGGUUGUCUUCAGAGGCCAGCAAGCUAGAUCCAGAGAGCAAACAGAGCGUCCUGUCUCUCGAUGCGAUACGUAACUUUGAGGGCGCUAUACUCCUUCUAAAGCAGCAGCCGCUUAGACGCACUGCGAUGGCCAGUGCUUCAUCAAAAGAAGAAAUAAACUCCGAGUACAGCACCAGUACAGCUCAGAGCACGGGAUCCCGCCGGGGUAGCUUUGGCAGCAUGUCUGACUCCCCCCUCACGGUACAGAAUCUGGUACCCCCUCCCCACCCCAACACCCUUCCCCUGGGUGGGGACAACAGCGACGCCAUGGCGGGCUCGGACCGGGGCUACGUCACCGACUCCGUGGACGGCAUCGACGACGAGACCUACAACAUCCCCCAUCGAAAGGAAUGGUUGAGUCUACGGGUGCACACAGGGAACAAGUGGAAGAGUCCAUUCAGCUGUUUGAAUUCACCAGCGGGGAUGGAAAGCUGAAGGUUAUUCGAGGGACAGGCUUUGAUGCAUGUCAGCCACCAAAUUGUCACCUGAAUAGCCUUGUGUAUAUAUACAUUACUGUUCCUUAAGUAACUUGGGGGAGGGGGCAUCCCUCUUGUUCCCCUCCCAACUGAAAUAUUAUGAACCCCUUUUGCACAUUGCUUGUUGCAUAUCCCCUAUCUUUGUCUAAAGCAGCUUUCCUGAUUCCGUGAUGGAUGUGAAGUCUGAAGUGUCAUGGUGAUUGCAUUGUGUAUGGUUAUAUGGUCACAUACACGUGUACCUUAGAAGUCACGAGAGAACAGAGCAGUGCGUAAGAGAAUUUUAGUGAGCAGGUCUCACGUUAUAUAUUAUACGACCAUUCCAGGUAAAAUAGAUUAAAGGAAACAGACAAGCUUCCUUUAGUUUUAAUGAUUACGGCAGAGUAUGACUGCAGUAAAUUUGGCCGAGCUUGUGGCUUUUUCUGUUCGGAAGGCUGAAAUGGUUUCAUUUUUCGUAUCAUUCAUGUUAAAAGGAACUUUAGUGAUUUAUCCAGACUAUACCAAGGUCUUAGUAAAUGUUCUAUUUGUUUCACUUUCAUAUUUCACUUCAGGAUGUAUGGUAUACAUUGCCAUAAAUAUUUAAAUGCAACUAAGUAAGUUUAAUCGUGUGCAGGAUGGUUGAUUUAAACCUUUGAAGUGCAUUUACUUUUGAAUUUUCUUUUCGUCAUAAUAUGUCACAGGUGUUAAAAUAAAAAGAAAAUUAUGUUAAUUUUGGUGUGAUGCCAGUAUAUGAUGAUUACUUCCAUGUAGGACCCU